UUCGGUCUGGUGUCUGGCGGCAGUUCGAAGCGAGACGCGGACACGACGUACAACGAGUAUUUUCGUCUCGGUUUUCUUGCUGGCACCGAAACCGCGAGUUGACGUCCUCUCGUGUUCGCGUUGUCAUAUAGAGACAAUUCCACGGAUAUCUCCUCGAGCAAAAUUAUUCUCCUUGCAGUUUUGGAGAAUAUGCCGGCUGGUGAUGUGGAGGUGAGCGUAACAGGUCCUCACGCGUGUCCUUUCGCGUGGCGACCGGCGACCGGCCUUCCAGGUGCGACUCUUUCAACCUGAUUGGGUGAACCGGAACGGACAAAGGUCUCCCAGCGGGGAAGGGUUGAUCGUGUCAAAAGAAUUCGUAGGAUUUGUAGGCACUGGUGUCUCGGUUCUCGCGCAAGGUACAAAGUGACUGAAAAUUGGUGAUUCAAAGUGAUUCAAACUUGGCGCGUGUUUCUGCGGGCGAGUGACCGCCGCUGCGAUAAUCAAAUUUCGUGCAUGAAUUUUUGGAGGACCGUAAGGAACUGCAGGGAUUAAGGCUAACUCCCCCUUUUCCAGUUCCUCCCCGUUCAGGUAUCCCAUUCCUCACUCUGCAUUCAUCUGACAGCGGCUACAGCAGCUGCUGGUGCGCGUACACUCACAUACGUACGCGCAGACACAGACAAUCCGAAGAAGAAAGCGCGUCCGGUUUCACGUUUUCGUCUUGUUUCGUUUGUGUGCUGGCUCUCCGCGGGAUAUCCGGCAGCGCGGAAGAAAAAGUAGUGAUAGCGCGUAGGCGGUGUCAUUCGAUGCGUACCACUUGACUCGAAGACGGAUAAGGGCGAAGAUAAGGGCCGAGGCUGAGGAUCGAGGAUCAGGCACGACGAAAUGACAUGACACGCCGACGGCGAGGGGUCUUCCCUGAGCCGUUAGUCCUUCGUCGAGCCCGAAGGACAGUUCGAAUGUUGGCACCGUGAUCUGCGUGUCAUUCGUUCUUUUUCUUUCGUCGGCGAACCAUUGCGGGAUGCAACCCGAGCAUCGGGGUGUCAUCUGGGGUUUCAACGGCUGGCGAUCCACCAGCAGGUUGGUGCUCUGACGAUCGCAGCGCGAUCAGCCGCCACUCGUCCUUCUGCGCAUUCAGCCGUCAGAUCGAGGAAGAAGGCGGAAGAAGAGUUUCGGCGACUUUCAACGUCGUCGUCCAGGAUAUCGUCGAUCACGCAAGGAUGAUGACGACGAUAAUGCAGAGCUGCAGCGGCGGCGGGCCAUCGCGAUGCAUGCGGCGCACCUUCGUCCUCAUAUUUGCCUGGGGCCUAUUAAUGAUCGCGGCGGUGCAGUUCCGUCAUCUGGAAAACCGAGCACUGCGUCAGGACGGCGGCCCCACGGCCGAAGAAAUUGGCAACCUAGAAGUUGACGGCACCGGAAACGACCGUACUCGUAAUUUCGCUGGUUUAAGUUUGCCUCGAUACCUGUUGCAGAGAUCGUCGCUAAGCGAUCUUUCCAAUUCUGGCAACGGCGCCCUGCUGACCACGCUGACCACUUUAAAAAACCGGCUGGAUGCCGCGACGAGCAGCCCGCUCGAACUGGAGCCAUUACUGGAUCGAAGACCGGCCAAGACCGAGGAUCAGCUAAUCGAGGAGAUCGCCGAGCGGAUGCCUAGUCUACCGUUGGGCGACUGGUCCGCCAGGAACGGCAACGGCAAUCGGAAGCGCGGCAACAACAGUUGCGCGCGUUACCCGCAGAUCUACGAUCUGGAGUUCAACAAUGUCUACUGGCAGACGUUGCGCACCAGCAACGGCACGUUCCAGUUCUUCGGCGCGUUCUACGACAAUCGGAAGCUGUCGAAAAUUGGCCCGGCGGUGCGAAUUGUCGGCAUGAUCGAUCGAAUCGAGCCGACCGUAAAGACGUACUGCCAGUUGUGGUACGACGGCGAGAGCGAGCCACGUAUCGUCGAGACGUUCGAGUACAAGUACAUCUGGUACGCGAAGUGGGGCAAUUACAAACAGGGCAUCUACCAACCGUACGUGAUUGCGUGCCAGGUGCCGCCGCAGGCGGUCACCGCCAACAAGCCGCCGUCAUCCGUCUCGCUGGUGGAAAGACGCUGCGACGCGGCGAGCAAUCAUCUGCGAGUGAUCUACAACAAGCCCGAACGGAAGAAGGACUUCGCGGUGUGCGUGAAGGGCCUGGACUUCCUGCACGAGGACCUGUCGGUGCGGCUGAUCGAGUGGAUCGAGUUGAUUCACCUGCUGGGCGCUGACAAGAUCUACUUUUACGAGCUACAGGUGCAUCCAAACGUGACCAAGGUGUUGCGCCACUACCAGCGUCUGGGUAUGGUGCACGUAACCCCGUUAACCUUGCCCGGCGGCCAGCCGAACGUACCCGCGUUCCAGCACAUGUACCUCACGAAGCGGACGAAUCACAAGCGGCAGAACGAGCUGAUACCGUACAACGACUGUCUGUACAAGCACAUGUACGAGUAUGAGUACAUCGCGCUGCUCGAUGUCGACGAGGUGAUCAUGCCCGUGAAGGACGCGACCUGGCGCGAACUGAUGCGCCGCGUGCUGCCGAAGGCGCUGCAGAUACGGAACGAGACGCGCGCCUCGUACAACGUGCGGAAUGUCUACUUCCUCGACGACCUGCUGCACUCGCACGGCUACUUCAAGGACAUACCCAAGUACAUGCACAUGCUGCAGCACGUCUAUCGCUCGAAGAACUUUACGAAGCCGAACCAGUACAUCAAAUGCUUCCACAAUCCGGAGCGCGUGGUCACUCUGCACAACCAUUUCCCGCUUGCGUGCCUGGGCGCCGGAUGCACCAGCUAUCCGAUCGAGACCGAAGACGCGCAGCUCCAGCACUACCGCGCCGACUGCGUGCGCUCGCUGAAGAAGUCUUGCGUGGAGUACCGCGAGAACAGCGUGAUCGACACGACGAUCUGGCGUUACCGGGACAAACUGACCUCUAGGGUUACCGACACGCUGAAGACGCUCGGCUUCUUCGGCCCGAGAUAGCGCCGAAGAUCUCGAUCUCUUCCUCUUUUCCUUUCCUCCCUUAUCUCUCUCUCUUUCUCUUAAGAUUGGUGUUUACGGGAUGACAGCAGAAGGCGAGACGCAGACGUGAAACUAUCAGCGGGAGGUAAUUGCCAGUGCUUGAUUGGAGAUUUAAUCGAAGAGAUAAUCGAGAGAUAAGUGUGACUGGUUAGAGUGGAUUCAUCUCUAGUGACAGCAUAAUAUCGCUUCUUGAUCGCUCGUACGCGUGAAGAGAGAGCUCGCCUUGAUUUUUAUCCGGCAAAGUGCACUUGAAGUGUCGAUAUUUUCUAUCUCAAGCUCACUUUAGAUGGUCCACAAUUUGCGAUAGAAUUCGAGAUAAAAGCGAGCGAUUUAAGCGAUAAAAUUGUUCGUAUCUUAUCAGAGAUGAAGAGGAACAUAAAGAUAGAAGCGGUAAUCGUUUGGACGAAUCAAUACGGAACAUACAUAUGUUGUCUAAAAUAGAACGGGGCGUAUGAAAAACGGGAUUUGCACAGAGAUAAAGUUUUUUCUCUUGCUACACGAUCAGUAGCUUUUUGUCGAAGCUAACAAUUCUAUCUAAAAGACCAUUGAGCGCGAAUUCAUAUUCCGCAGUCGGAUAAAGCCGCGAGCGAUUUACUCGGGGAAACCAUUACGCAUCGAUUUAUGCGAGUCGUAUUAACGGGGUGGUAUUCGAAACGCAGGAAUUAUUUCCCAGCUGAAUGCAAUUGCGGUUUCGCGUCGACGACAAGCCGACGCGAUUGCGACAAAUCGCGAAUCCUCAUCGAUUCCACACGGCAAGCCGGAAUCACGUUCGUGAGAAAACUGCAGUAUUUUCUUUUUCCUUUUAUGUAAAUAAUUUAUUCUAAGUCUCAUGCUCAACGUGAAAUAUACUAAGUCUACGAUUGAUCGAUAGCCAUAGCGAUGAUACAAUGAGGAAAUGCAACGGAUCGGUAAACGUAUUCUGUGAUUGUGCAUAGUUUCAAAUUCGAUGAAAUUGAAGAUACGGAAGUGAUGUUUUAAUGAAAAAUUUAAAGAAAUUAUGAAAAAUUAAUAUGAAGUAGGAGAAUUAAGUGCCUUAUGUUAAAAACAUAUUUAUGUGAUAAGAUACAUGAAACUUUUCUCACUUAAUUUAAUUAUUAAGGAAUAUUUUUUGGGAAUGGAUGUUGGAAAGUAUCGUUAUACCGUUCCGAUGACUGAAACGCUGUGAGGUAUAAACGUUGGUAUAAAUUAAGUCUAUUUUUAAUUAAUCCUCCGCGAUCGCGAGGUCUGUAGAUUUUUCAAAAACAGAAGCCGGAAACCACGAUGAGUGAAAAAAUAAAGAGAGAAAUAAGAUAGCAGCGGAAUAGAAUCACAUUCAUAUGAUACAACGGCUACUGAGAGAGUAAAUUUUAUCUUGCAGCGUAUUUUUUUUGUUUUUUUUUUUUUAGUACUUACAUUUUUAAUAUUUCUAUUUAAUGCCAAAUACUCGAAAUAUUGUAGCAUGUAAUUCCACUGGCGAAAUAUUUCGAAUAUGAUGGUUAUCUUCGCCAAUUUUUGUCGAUUACUUCGCGAUUUCGCAGGAUUUUUUUCUUUCCUUAUGGUGAACCUCGAUCGCUUUCUACACGAUGAGAAUCGAUCGUCUUUUACGACCGGCGUAAGCGUCGCUCGUAAAAACGAGAGGGCGAUUCAUGUUGCACCAUGCAACGUAUCGACAUAAAAAAGACUAUUGUAGAUAAGAAUCAAUAAAAGUCGUAAAAGUCGACACGCAUGAUGUCAUUGGUCUACACGCAAAGAUAAAACAAUAUUGCGCUCUUUAUAGUAAACCUUUGCCGCUUUUAUAACCGGAAACACCGGUAAAUGAAAUGGUAUCUUUUACUUUUAAAUAACGUUUAUAUAAUUAAACGUGUAAUUCUUUUUUUUUGCAAUAUAACUCACGGGCAAGCUCUCCUAAUCAGCUUAUUUUAUUUAAUUUACCAAAAAUCUGUCCUAAAUCUGUCAAAAUUAUCCUAAAAAUUUGAGCUAUCAGGAAUCUAGACUGAUAUUCUUGCGUGACCAAUAUAUACUUAUGCGCUGUGUUACGGGACGAAAAUUUUUCGUCUGUUGUAAUAAUCCUCUGUAUAUAUUUAUAAAUAUCUACAAGCUCUGUUGGAAAAAUAAUAAAUGAUUAUAAGAAA